AUGAGUAGCCAACGGUUUUGUUUUUUAAUGCGAAAUUUACGUUUUGAUAAUUUUACUGAUCGAGAACAAAGGAGGGAGAUAGACAAAUUAGCUGCUAUCAGAGAAUUGUUUGAAAUAAUAUUACACAAUUUUCAAACCAAUUUUAUACCUAGUGAGUACUUAACUAUAGAUGAGCAGUUGAUUUCUUUUCGUGGUCGCUGCUCAUUCCGUCAAUAUAUACCCAGUAAACCCGCGGGAUAUGGCAUAAAAAUAUUCGCCCUCGUUGAUGUCAAAAAUGCGUAUACAUACAAUUUAGAAGUGUAUGUAGGCACACAACCUGAUGGGCCUUACAAAAUAAAUAAUAGUCCAAAUAACGUUGUGACCAGACUUGUCCAACCGAUUGAGGGCACUAAACGUAACAUAACAAUAGAUAAUUGGUUCACAUCUCUCCCUUUAGUACUUCAACUAUUAGAAGAAAAAAAAUUAACUGUAGUUGGAACUAUGAGACGUAAUAAAACAUGUAUUCCAAAACAAUUUGCAGACCCAAAAAAUAGACCAAUAAAUUUAUCAUUAUUUGGAUUUCACAAAGAUUGCACAUUGACAUCAUAUGUACCUAAAAAAAAUAAAGUAGUGAUUGCUGUUUCUACACUUCAUCACGAUAAUAAUAAAGAUCCGACAGGCGACAACUGGAGAUAA